ACGCUGUAAGCACAUGAGUGAGGGUUCGAAGCGGCCGCGUGGAAUUAUAAACACUCCAUUCCCGCCAUUUUGCUUGCGUUUGCUUUGGGAUUCAGAUAGCUUUUCUUGCCUUUAACCCAAAAGAACCACCAAAAUGUCGAAUGAAGUAGAGUUUAACAGCCUAACAGGGAAUGAUGAAGUAAAAGUUAAGCUAGAACAGCCGCAAUCUCGAAUUCCUCAAAAGCCAAGCGAGGAAGAAGUGGCGAAAUACAGCAAGACUCGAAUUGUCCUGGUUGUAUUUUUUACCUUGAUCAUCAUCGCUAUGGUAGUGGCUGCUGUUAUUAUUAUCAUCGUCUCUCCCAAGUGUAGUAAGACGAAGGUGGUUGAUAAAAACUGGUUCAAGGGUGAAAUAGUGUACCAGAUCCAACCAAGAUCGUUCAAAGACUCGGAUGGCGAUGGUAACGGCGACCUCAAAGGCAUCACAGAAAAGCUCGACUACUUGAAAGAACUUGGAGUCAAAAUCCUCUGUCUUGAUACUCUUUAUGACGAUGACUUCAAGAACAUCAGCGCAAUGUAUGGCAAGAUGAGUGACUUUGAAGAUCUUGUCAAGAAAGCCAAAGCCAAAGACAUCUUAAUCGUGGUCAACUUUAUACCAAGCUACACCUCUGAUAAACACAAGUGGUUCCUCGAUAGUAAAGCUAAAGUUAACUCCGAUAAACGUGGAUGGUAUGUAUGGAGAGCAACUGCUAACAACUGGAUUAGUGUUAAUGGUGGAAGUGCUUGGGAAAAAGACGCAACAACCAACGAAUACUAUCUCCACCAGUUCGACAAGAGCCAACCCGACCUGAACCUUCGCAACGAUUCAGUCGUCGAAGAACUCAAUAAGGUCCUGAAAUUCUGGACCAACAAAGGUGUAGAAGGAUUCCGAGCUGGCUUCAUCCAGUACAUGUUGGAAGAUAAAGAAUUCAGGAAUGAAAUAGAGAAGCCAGGCUACAACAAUUCAAUCCAAAAAUACGAUAUGGUGGAACACAACCAAACGUUCGACUUGCCAGGCAAUCUUGACAUUGUUAAGAAAUUCCGUUCCUCACUGGAAAAGUCUGACUCCCAUAAGCUCCUGAUCCUUGAUGUCAUGGGCAAGGAUAUUGGCAAGUUUUAUGCUCAGAGUGAUCUCCCAACUUUCACUGGUCUUAUCACUGAUGUAAAGAAUGCAGAUAUUGCACAAUCCAUCAACGAAACUGUCAGCAACUACUUGGCUUCAGUUCCUAAAGAUGGCUCCCCCAGUUUUGCUAUCGGUAACCCCACAAACAGCAGAGUUGGUAGUCGGCUGGGAGAAAAAUUGAUUGAUGCUAUGAAUGUUCUUCUUCUUACUCUACCUGGUACCCCAAUGACAUACUAUGGAGAAGAGCUUGGCAUGGUUGAUACAUCUGGCAGUCCUCGGUCACCCAUGCAAUGGACUAAGGAAAAAGAAGCUGGAUUUACGACUGGAAGUCCAUUUGAACCUGUUAGCAGCAACAUAGACAAAAUCAACGUUGAAGGUGAAAAGAAAGAUGAAAAAUCUCACUAUGCUGUAUACAAGGCAGUAGUCAAGCUGCGACAGGAAAGUGCUUUUAAGUCAACCCAGUUUAAAGUUGUUCAUGCUGACAGCCAAGUAUUUUCCUACACCAGAGGUGAUGAGUAUCUAGUAAUCAUUAACUUCUCUGRUACUGAAUGGAAUGGUGAUUUAGUAGAUAUUUCUGGUAGAGGAACUGUCGUGUUUGAUAGUCAAUUCAGCAUAAAGAAUAAAGUCUUUGAUGUCAAUAAAAUUGACAUUAAGGGUGGCCAAGCUGUUGUUUUAAAACUUAAGGACGUACAGUACAUUUAACUUACUUAGUUUUUGACUCAUCAUUCAUUCAUUWGCCUUACCUUAUACAUUUCGAUGUUUAUAAAUGUAUAGGAAAGGACUAGGUACUUUACRAGGUACAGUACUUUGCUUUUUAUAGCAACAUAGGUUGUUCAAUGUAAAAGAUUUUUAGAUUAUACUCCCAUUACAGGGCAGGAAAUUAACUUAUAAACCUACUAGUAAGUUUUGCUCUCACUAUCGAAAAUUUCAAAGUCACUGAUCAAUCGCAGCUCAUAACUAAUGUUAUUUGAUGCAGGUUCUAAACUUUUCUGUCCUUCAAUUUCUGGGCUGUGGUCAUACUUGCAAAACUUAGCUAGUUCAGUUUUUCCUUACUUGCUAAAUGCAAAAUUUUACUCACAUUUUUGCUAGUUUGCGAGCAUUAAUUUCAUGCCCUGCCAUAAGAAUAGUUUUUUCUAAAACAUCAAUGUCUCUAGGUAGCAUUUCUUACUUUAUCAUUGACAUAGAAAGCUAGAGCUGGAUGUUAGCAACAACCAAAAAAUGAUAAUUUCAUUUAUUUUGUAAUCUAGACUUGAAAUCAUACUUUGCUUGUUUGUUGUUGUUUUUGUUUGUUUCUCUUUGUGUUCAUUUACCAUGUCAUAUUUUCCUAGGCCACCCAAUGUAUCCCAUUAGGCAUUAUGAUGAGGGGUCAAAUAGAAAUCCACCCAAAGGAUAUUAAGAAAUACUCUUUGACUUGAGCUAAUGGUUAUUAAAACAUAUUUCAUUYAUGAUUUAAAGAAUGCCAUCCCAAUAUAGAAAGAAAUACCUUAACAAGCUGUAAUAAUCAGAACAGAGAGUAUGUGAACUAUUAGCUCAUCAUGUGAUGGAUAUAACCUAUAUUAAAUUAUUAGCAUCCAAUCUCAGAAAGAAUAUGGGUAGCACAGUUUUCUGAGAUCAGUAAAACAUAAAUUUUAAGCCCCAACUAGUAAAGGAAAAAUGUUUUGUUUUUGAAUUUGUUUCCAAAGAUUGCUAAACUAUCAGGAAACAUAGGCAAACAAAUGUAACAUUGUUUUCAUGUGGCUUGAAAAAGUGAAAUGUUUCUGCUGUGCUGUAGAAUUUUGCUUCUCGGAAGCCAAAUUUAKUGCUGGUAGCAAUGUUUUUACAUGACCAAACUGAGAAACAUUGAGUAAGCAUGUGUGCAGUAAAUGUAUUUCCUCGUUUAGCCAGGGCUUUAGAAGGUUAGUGAUUUGAUCAGGAUAGAGUGCAAACACUAGCCUCGUGAAACAUAGACUGCACUUCCAUAAAGCAAAGGUUAAGAUAAUUUUGGAUGUUUAUAGUGAAUGUUAAUGGKUUUUUUUAUUAGACUUAAUCUCUAUUUGAAAUGUGUUUAGUAAAAGAUGUUAAAUUAAUAAUGUAAAUUGGAGUAAAGUGUAUGGUGUAUGAUAUACAACAAUAAAAUACAUACAGUAGAAUGGAA